AUGGAGCGAAUGAUGUCGAUGUUCACUGGGAGGCCUUCAUGCUUCGUUGACAGUUCCAUCGACGCUCCUCAUCCUACCGACUGUCAGCGUGCAGAGAGUGGAGGUCAGAACAUCGAAUAUGCAUACAUUAGAGCAAUGGCUGCACUUGGCAAGAUCAGCGAACGGAUUAUGGCGUGUCAUUACUCUCCCACCAAGCCAUCACGAGUUGCCGAUCUGACAGAAGUCAAUCGAAUCAACAAUGAAUGUUCGCGAGCGCUGCGUGAUCUCCUGGAUACUCUGCCCUCAUACCUGCAUUUCUUUGAUGACAAGACACUGGUUGGUGAAACAUGGCAAGAGGUGCAACGGAUUUGCCUGGGCGCCACUUACCAUGUCGCAUGCAUCUUGAUGAUGCGGCCGGCUUUGGUCUACGUCACAUUCUUCGAUUCAAAGCAGCAGGCCCAAGAUAGUAUAGGCGACCGCAUCGACAUCCAACGAGACAUCGACCUCACCGUAGCAUCUGCCAAGGAUCUGAUUUCACUUGUCUACGACGGGUUCUUUAACCGCUGUCUCGCGAUGAGAAGAGAUGGAAACAUGGUCUACUUCAUCGUCUCUGCAUGUCUCGUCCUGCUCUUCGAUGUCCUCGAUACAGAAACAACAUCAGCACAUGCAAAAGAAGUAUUUCAAGCGGUGGAGAAGGGGCUGAAAUGCCUAGACCAGAUCGAUCACAUUGGCUCCACAACAGGUCGAGCCAUCAGUCUAGAUGUGAUGAAGAUUGCAAAGGAUGCUCUCAAGUCCACAGAGCCGACAAGUGAUCUGGGCACCAACUUGAUGGAGUCAUUCACAUGGCUCAACAACGAGAUGUUUGAUCAGACACCCUAUGACUCUGCAGGCUCGUGGUUGUAUAACUCUCUUGAGAUGCCUUCGUUUGACUACAGCACUAUCGGUAUGACGGAUUUGUUUGGACCUAACAAUGGUGCGGACCUUAUGGUGCCCAUGGCAUUCGACAUGAUGGGUCAGGGACUACAGGUUGCUGAUGGUAGUUAUGUUCCAUCGCAAACAGCACCGCAGAAUCAAUAA